AUGUCGGUCUAUUCUCCUACUUUUUAUGAUUAUCAAGGAGCUACAGAGAAAGGAUUUGAAUAUUAUGAUGAAGUAGCCUUUCAUAAUUUAAAUGGAUUGUUAUUCACCGCCAUUGAUGAACCUAGACAAAAACAUGAUACGAUAUCUCCAGAAGUAGAUAUUGUCAUUAUUACAUUCCUUAAAAUUCUGUUUCAACUUGGUUAUUACAUUUCGGAUGAUAUAGUUAAUACCUUAACUUCAAUGAAAAAUAGAUCAGAUAUUAUUAAUCAUUGUAAGAAAUUCAUGAAUGUAAUGAAAGAUACCAAGGGUGUAAAAGCUGCGGAUGGGAUUGUAUUCUAUAAAACUUUUCCUGAACAUGUUAUGAAAGCUUCGGAUGCUGAAUUAUUCGUAAAUGCUAUUGCUCAUUAUUGGACUUGGGGGACAUUAUUGCCUUCUUAUGUUAAAAAGGAAAGAUUAGAUUUAAAUGAAUUACUUAAAAUGAAAACUAUCAAAAAUGUCAUUACUAAAAAGGAUUUAAUCAACUACUUUUUAAAACUAUUAUGUUCAAAAUCAGCUCCAACUCCUGCUGCUAUGGAUUUUAUUGAUCAAGGUUUAGAAAAUAAAUGGUAUAAUGAAAUUCCUGCUGAUUUUGAUAUUCCAUUUAAAGAAUUAUUGACUAAAGUAGCAACAUUUGCUUUAAACAAUGGAUUAUCCAUAAAUAAAUAUGUUAAAUCAUGUACAGAUAUUUUAAGAAUUAUGGCUCACCUUUCUGAUCAAGAUAUUACUUUACAAAAGAAAAUUAAAUUCAAAUCAUUACCUCGUAAACAAAGAAGAAUCAUAGUUAAUAGUUUAGAAAGAGUUAUCAAGGUUGAAGAUAUAAAACCUUAUAGUGGACUUUGGAAAUUAGCAUUUCAUAAUUUACAUGUGGGAGAAUUGAAACGUACAAAAGUGUGUGCUAUUGCUAAACAAUUUAGAAAUACUAAUAAUGUUCCUACUUUAGAUACCAAAUACUGUGAAGCUAUUAAAAAGAAACAAUCAAUCAUAGCUAUGAAUUCUUUGAAAGUAAAGCCACCUAUAUUUGCUCGAUUAUUAGAUAAAUUGAUAAGAGAUUGUUAUGAAAAUGAUGAGGAACUUAUAAUGAUUUUGCAACAAUUUACCAUAUCAUCAAAAAAGAUUAAUCCUAAAAUCUUAUUGCAAGCUCUUGGUCAUUUUCAAAGGCGUAAAUAUUUAUUAAACAAUCCUAGAGAUAAUAAACACAGUCAAAGACUAAUUUACACUUCAGGUUCAACUGCUGCCACUCUUAUUUUUCCUAAUCAUAAGACCAUAUUACCUCAUGAAGUAUUAGAUCGAAUCAUAAUUAUCAUACAAGAUUCUUUAAUUGAACAAUUUAAAACUAAGCAAUUAUUAAAGCAUAAGAAGGUUUAUAUCCCAUCAGUAGCCAAUGGUUUAUUAUUACCAAUACAAUUAUCAGGAACAUCAACUAAAAAGACAAUAGCAAGAGCAUCAAAAUUCCCUUUAUUAGAUCAAGAUGAAGUAGAUAAACAUAAGAAAACAUUCGUCAGAUUCUUUACCCAUUGGAUUGGAAGAAUCAUUGAUACAAGCAUACUUUUUGUUAGUGAAGAGGGAAAAGCUAUAGAUCUUAUAAGUUGGCAUCAUCUUAGAACAGAUUAUGCCUGGCAUUCAGGUGAUGUGGUAAAUGCUCCACCACCUAAUGGAGCUACGGAAUAUAUCGAUGUUGAUAUUAAAAAAUGUCUUGAACUGGGGUGUAGAUAUUUAAUGAUGGAUAUUAGACUGUGGAAUGGACCAACGUUUGCUAAACAUGAUGAAUGUUUUUCAGGUAUUAUGAUGAGAGAAAAUAACGAAGCAGGUCAACAUUUUGAACCAAGUACAGUAAAGUAUAAAUUUGAUUUAGUAGGAGAUACCCAUACUACCAUUGCAUGUGUAGUGGAUUUGAAAACUAUGGAUUUAAUUUGGAUAGAUGCUGCUAUUAAAUUUAAAUCCCUUUACAAUAAUCUUAUUGAUAAUUUAGAUACAAUGCUUCCUGCUAUGAGAGAGUAUUCCUUAAUGCAUAAAUAUAAGGUGAGUAUGGGUCAAUUGAUACGGUUACAUUUGGAGGGUUCAGAAGGCGCUCAAUUGGUGGAUAAGAGAGAAGAUGCUGAUUAUAUAGUUUCAUUAGAAGAUGAUGGAGAUUUGAAUCUAUAUGAUUUUGCUGAAAUCAAUUCAAACUGGAUUUGA